GCAUUAUCAUUGUUUAUUUAACACAAUCUAGCGGAUUUUUAUGAUGACUACUCUAGCCAUAAAACCGAUUUAGCUCCUCUCAACGCUGGUUAGUUUUUUAUUUGUUUCGUACAACACACCAACAACAACAACAAAAGUUAACACAAAACGUUGGCAAAAUUCCGGAAAGACCUAAGCGCUUGGAAUUGUACGGGGUGGCAAGAAGGAACCACCACAGCAGUAGCGGCAAAAUGCACCAGCAGCAUAUGGACCUCCAUGCACCAGUGGACUUAAAUAAGUCCCUGGACGACAUGACACCGGAGGAACGCAUGCGGGCCGAACAUCAGAUAAUGGUAGAGAAGCAUAGGGGUCACGAUGCCAUGCACUCUGAAAUGGUCAUGAUACUGUUUGUUACUCUAGUCAUUGCCCAAAUAAUCCUGGUCGAAUGGAAAAAACGACACUACAGCUCCUAUUCCUUUGUCACAUUGCUGGCCAUGUGGCUAAUUCCACUGAUCAUGUCAUGUACUUUUGGCUGGAUGCGUUUCAUAGUGAUUUGGCUUAUAUUCACCUGUAUAACGGCUCUAGUAAUGCGGAGGGCGAUAAGCAAACCGAUUCAAGGCACAACGCCCAGGCUGGUGUACAAAUGGUUCUACUUCAUUUAUAAGCUCAGUUAUGGUCUAGGUAUUGUUGGCUAUUUGGUUAUAAUGGCUGCAUUUCUGGGCAUGAACUAUAUAUUCUCGCAACCACCUAAUACCUGGAUGGACGUGGGUUUGAUGUUUUGCUUCUAUGGACUCUAUAUUGGUGUAUUGGGUCGCGACAUUUCAGAAAUCUGUUCGGAUAAAAUGGCUGCAGCAAUUGGUUAUUAUACACCUCAGGGCAUUCCCACUCGGCAUCUGGAACAAAAUGUAUGCGCUGUGUGUGGUAAUCAGUUACUGGUGUCCGAAAAGGAAGAGGGCGUCAUUGAGAAUACCUACAAGUUGUCAUGCAAUCAUGUCUUUCACGAAUUUUGCAUACGCGGAUGGUGUAUUGUUGGCAAAAAGCAGACAUGUCCAUACUGCAAGGAGAAGGUUGAUCUACAGAAAAUGUUUCGUAAUCCAUGGGAGAAGCCGCACGUGCUAUAUGGUCGUCUAUUGGACUGGAUCCGUUGGCUGGUAGCUUGGCAGCCGUUGAUUUUCUUUAUAGUACAAGGCAUCAAUUGGAUGUUGGGUUUAGAAUAAGUUCAUCAUAUUGCCUCUAAAUGCUAAAUCUGUUCCGCAUUCGCAGCAUCUAGUCAAGUACACAACACAACAACAACAAAAAGCAAAACAGUAACAGCAAGAACUGUAAAGACCAAACAAAGCAAAACGAAACAACAAAAAAAGCUAGCACUCAGCAAAGAAACCAAAUCGCAAGCUGCCCAGCAUUCCCAGAGAAACGUCAUCGUCCCACGGCUGUUUUUUUUUCACAAAAAAAGCAAAAAAAAAAAUUCUAAAAUGAUCACAAGUUGUAAUUUACAACCAUUCGACUGACGACAAUUCGAAUGUCAUUUGUUUGUGUCUGUUUGCAAAAUGCGUCCGCACCAAAUUUCCAUUGUUCAGUUUUAAACCUAAUCGUAAACGCUUUCUUUUAGAUAUCUAUAUAUGGAUGUAUUACCCCUCAAAUGUAUAUAAAAAAAAAAAUUAUAUACAAUGACUGUAUGGAUGUACAUAUAUGAAUGUAUGUGUGUGUAUGUUUUGUCUACCAAUCAUGAUUAUGAUUAUUGAUGUAUUUAAUAAUAUUUUGUGCACUUGAAAUUAGAUAAAGAUCGUAUAAAUUACAUGAAUAUCAUGUAGAAAAAAAAAAUGAUUUAAAACCACAAUAA